AUGGUGCAAAAGUAUCAAUCCCCUGUUAGAGUCUACAAAUACCCGUUUGAGCUUGUCAUGGCGGCUUAUGAAAAGCGCUUCCCCACUUGCCCAGAGAUCCCAGUUUUCCUGGGCAGUGAGAUCCUUCGUGAAUCCAAGAGUGAUGAUGGAGCCAUUCAUAUCAUUGAACGAAGCUGUAAAUUAAAUGUAGAUGCACCCCGUUUGCUGAAGAAGAUUGCUGGAGUAGAGUAUGUAUUUUUCAUACAGAAGAACACCUUGAACUGGAAGGAGAGAACCCUUCUUAUCGAGGCCCAUAAUGAGACCUUUGCCAGCCGUGUCAUUGUCCUAGAGAUAUGCAAUUACUCAGUUCACCCGGAGAAUGAAGAAUGGACAUGCUUUGAACAGUCUGCAUCUCUUGACAUCAAAUCAUUCUUUGGCUUUGAGAACACAGUAGAGAAGAUUGCAAUGAAGCAAUACACAGCUAACAUCAAGCGGGGUAAAGAAGUGAUUGAGCAUUAUCUGAAAGAACUAAUUUCCCAGGGUAUCACUUUUAUUCCCCGGUGGACUCCUCCAGCAGUUGGUAGAAAAGUGGUUCAGAAGGCUCCAUCGCAGCAUGAGAGUAGCAAAGGCCCGGCCGAAUCCCACACACACGGAAGUGAUGAAGAGAGUGGUACCACCUGCCCUUCCGUAGAGGCAUCAGCUCCUGACGCGGACAAACUGGAUGCAGAUUACAUAGAAAGGUACCUCGGGCAGUUAACUCCCCUGCAAGAAAGCUGCCUCAUCAGACUCCGCCAGUGGCUGCAAGAGACACACAAAGGCAAGAUUCCCAAAGAUGAACACAUCCUCCGUUUUCUGAGGGCUCGUGACUUCAACAUUGACAAGGCUCGAGAGAUGCUCUGUCAGUCUCUGACCUGGCGCAAGCAAUACCAGGUGGACUAUAUCUUGCAAACAUGGAGGCCACCGUCUCUUCUGGAAGAGUACUACACUGGUGGUUGGCAUUACCAGGACAGAGAUGGCAGGCCCCUCUACAUACUUCGCCUUGGUCAGAUGGACACCAAAGGUCUUGUGAAAGCCCUGGGAGAGGAGUCACUUCUCCGUCAUGUGCUGUCCAUUAAUGAGGAGGGACAAAAGAGGUGCGAGGAAAACACCAACCUCUUUGGACGUCCCAUCACGUCCUGGACCUGCCUCGUUGACCUUGAUGGGCUCAACAUGCGUCACCUCUGGCGGCCUGGAGUCAAAGCUCUCCUUAGGAUUAUCGAAGUGGUCGAGGACAAUUACCCAGAGACUCUUGGGAGGCUUCUGAUCGUGCGUGCGCCCAGAGUGUUCCCUGUUCUGUGGACACUGGUGAGUCCCUUUAUCAAUGAGAACACCAGGCAGAAAUUCCUCAUUUACAGUGGCAACAACUAUCAGGGCCCCGGAGGGCUUGUGGACUAUUUAGACAAAGAUGUGAUCCCAGACUUCCUUGGAGGAGAAUGUGUGUGUAAUGUGCCUGAGGGUGGACUUGUCCCCAAAUCACUGUAUCAAACAGAUGAAGAGCCCGAAACCUCUGAUCACAUCCGCCUCUGGACUGAAACCAUCUAUCACUCUGCAAGUAUCUUCAAAGGCGCUCCCCAUGAGAUAGUUGUAGAGAUCCUGGAAGGUGAAUCAGUGAUCACGUGGGACUUUGACAUUCUGAAAGGGGAUGUGGCGUUCAGCCUCUUUCACUCCAAGCGAGCCCCUGAGAUGAGCUGGAAGGAGGCCAGUGCCUUGACCGCUGGGGAUAACAUGCAGCUGAUUGGCAAGAGCUGGGUUCUGGGGGUGGACUACAGCCGCGUAGAGUCCCCACUAGUUUGCCGGGAAAGCGAGAGCAUCCAGGGUUCCCAUGUGACUCGCUGGCCUGGCUUUUAUAUCCUCCAGUGGAAAAUGCACAGCCCCGUGCCCUGUGCUGGGACCAGCCUUUCCCGGGUGGAUGAUGUCUUGGCUUCCCUCCAAGUCUCUAACCACAAGUGCAAGAUCAUGUAUUACUACGAGGUGCUGGCCUCUAAGGAGUUUAGAGGGUCCAUGUCAAGCUUGGAAUCUUGCAACAGUGGAUUUUCACAGCUCAGCGGCGCUACAACCUCUUCCAACCAAUCACAGAGCAGCUCACUCAUUUCCAGAUAACAUCAUCCAGGCAAGCAUCAGACACCAAGCACGUGACUGCUGGGCCCAGAUGUCUUCCUCAGGUCUGCCCUGUGGGCCGAACCAAAGAGCCAAGUGGCUGAACAGCAGUGCCUAGGGACAGCCUUUCAAGGAGAUGGCAAAGAACAGCAAGUUGGA